GAUGCAGAAAAUGAUGCCCACUGUGCACGUAGACCAUAUGGUCUUCCAGAAAAGUUGAAGAAAACGAUUUUGGGCUACUCGCGACAUUCACUUACGGGACGACUUAUAGGAACUUAAAUGGAUGAAGGCGAAUGCAACCUUUAUAACACUAACGGGAUAAAAACGACAUGUGAACUUUCGCCAGCACCACAGUGCUCUCAAGAGAAAAGGAAACAGCGCAGUGUUCUAAGGAUAUCCUAGCCUGGCUGUGCCUUAGUAUUAGCAGCGGCUUCCCGUUAUUGGGCUGCCCCCUGCAGGAAAUAUUGAACAGUUCUGAAAGAUGAACAACACGAUCUAUCUUCAUUAUAGCUACACAGGGAAACUUGACAACCGCAAUGAAAGCAGCAGUGGCACUAUAGAUGCUAAAACUGUGGUAUUCCUAAUCAUAUGCUGCUGCAUUGUCCUAGAGAAUUUGAUGGUGCUGGCGGCAAUAUGGAAAAACCACAAAUUCCACAACCGCAUGUAUUUCUUCAUUGGGAAUCUGGCACUCUGUGACUUGCUGGCUGGAGUGGCCUAUACAGUAAACUUAUUCAUGUCAGGUGAGAGAACAUUCAGUCUGUCUCCACCUGCUUGGUUCGUUCGUGAAGGAAGUGUGUUUGUGGCAUUAGCCGCCUCCACUUUCAGUUUACUAGCGAUUGCCAUUGAAAGACACAUGACCAUGAUUAAAAUGAGGCCUUAUGAUGCAAAUAAAAAAUACAGAGUGUUUUUACUCAUUGGCACUUGUUGGCUGAUUGCCAUUUCGUUGGGAGCUUUGCCAAUUCUUGGAUGGAACUGUUUGAAAAAUCUGCCCGACUGUUCCACUGUCUUACCUCUUUAUUCAAAACAGUAUGUGGCCUUCUGUAUCACCAUCUUCAUUGCUCUGUUGCUUGCCAUCGCCAUACUGUAUGCCCGUAUUUAUAUACUGGUGAAGUCCAGCAGCCGCAAGGUCACCAAGCAUAGCAAUUCAGAGCAUUCCAUGGCCCUGCUUCGGACGGUCGUCAUCGUCGUAGGAGUCUUCAUUGCCUGCUGGACACCCAUAUUUGUUCUGCUGCUCAUUGACUUGGCAUGCAAACACAAACAGUGCUUGAUUCUCUUCAAGGCUGAUUGGUUCCUUGCCCUAGCUGUGCUCAAUUCCGCCAUGAACCCAAUCAUCUACACUCUGGCCAGCAAGGAGAUGCGUCGUGCAUUCUUUGGCCUGGUUUGCAGUUGCCUGGUCAGGACCAAGGUUGUUCGACCCACCUUUGAAAACAGCAGGAGCAAAUCCAGCAGCAUCCACUGUCAGAGGCCAGUGGACAAAGAGAACCUGGAGGCUGCAGUGCCAUCUUCAUCUCAAAAGCUAACAUCCCUGACUGGUGCAGAAUGUUGACCGGAGGGUGGAGAACGCCACGGCUGAACCACAGGAAGUGGAAAUCAGGGGCACUCUGUAAUGUUACGUCUGUACAAGCACUUCUCUUUUUCCUUGAUACUUUUUCUUAAUGAAACAAACAGAAGAAAAAUAUUGUAGCAAUCUCUUCCCUGAAGCAUACACAGUGUUCCUUUAAAUAUAUAGUAUAAGAACUGCAUGCUAUGAAGUAUAAAAUUGCCCACACAUUAAAAUGGUAAUGGUCGCAAUUUUGUUAUUAUGUAAUAUAUUUAUUUAUUCAUACUGUGAUUUUUUAUACUUCAAUAUUUUUUAUCGU